AUGGAGGUAAGGAGAACCAUGACGAUGAACUGGGACGAAUUAGGAGACCUCGACGACGACGAUGACAUAUUCUUCGAUGCCCAGCGACUCUCAUCGGUUCUCCCACAGGAUUUGGCUUACUCAUCUGAUGAGGAUGAUGAUGAAGUAUUCGAUGAUUGUCGGAUGUCUUUCUCCUCAUCCUCCGCUCCCGCCGCAGUAUCCCGCAACUAUUCGAAUUCGGCAUUUGCACCGGAAUUCCAGACCAAUGAAUACGACAUGUGGAUGGCAGCGCCUGAUCAAUCUAUCAACGAUAGGCGACGUCGACUUCUCCAGGAUAUGGGUAUCGGCGCCAGCAACAGAGAUUUUUUAGGRUUAGGUAACGCUCCGUCGAGAAGAAUGCCAUCGAGAAGAAUCGACGUUGUGCCUCCGAUGAAGCCGGUGGAAAAACAGCCGUCACCUCAUUCGGUGGAACAGAAAUACGACGAGCAGCAGCAGCGGCUGUUGCCGGCGGAGCAACUGCAGCAGCAAAACCUGCCUUCACGUCCAUUACUGGAUCGUUCGAGAUCAGAUGUGGCUAUAAGUACAUCUAUAAAACAUAGGGAAGAAGAAAUGAUCGGUUCGAUAGAGAAACAACGUCUUUCUCGAACAUCAUCUGGAUUCUCGAUGCCGUUCGCCGGUUUAUCGACCGGCCGACAAAGAAUGCCUUCAGAAGAUGUAGGCCAUACCAGCGACGACAACUAUGGCACGGCAUCGGACGGCCAAACGGAAUCCCUUUUCAUGAUCCAUAAUAUGGAUAACGGAAAUAAGUUCGAGGUUAAAGAAUGUAACAAUCAAGGGAAGUGGAAUAAAUUGAGGGAUGUUCAAACCGGAGAGCAUGUUACAAUGGAGGAAUUCGAGAAGAAUGCAGGGCAUUCACCGAAGGUGAAGGAGGGGAUGAAGAGGGCGGUUAACGAUGGUAAACAUGGUUCCGGUCACCGGAAAUUGACACCGGCUGGUAACUCCUCCUUCAAAAAAAGCUUUAAAAAGAGCAAGAAAAAAGGGGCUUCAUUCCUGAAGAACAUAAAAGGUUCCAUGGGAGGAUCGAAGACGGAUCAAAAAGAAAAGGAUGCUACUGUUACUACUAGUCCUUCGAUUAACUCUAACAAUCCGCCAUCGAUCAGUGAACAGAAGCCAUCUUCGCAAUGGGUAAAAGCUAGAGUUCAUGGGAAAUCAUACAAGGAAUUCACAGCUUUGCAUCUAAGUCAAGAGAUUAAGGGUCACGAUGGAUCAAUUUGGGCGAUAAAAUUUACAUACGAUGGUCAUUAUCUGGCGACCGCCGGUGAGGAUAAAGUGAUUCAUAUCUGGGAAGUUCAAGAAUUCGAUGUAUCGAAUCAGGGUGGAGAUGAUUCGAGUUCAGCUGCUGGAACUCCCGUCCACCCAAUGGCGCUGGUGGCUGGUUCUGACGGUAGGCCACCAUUGCCGGAAGCUACGCCGGAGAAGAAGAAAAAAGGGAAGAAAAAGAAAGGGAUUCCUGACUACGUCCAUGUGCCGGAAACUGUAUUUGGGCUAUCGGAAACACCCUUCUGCACUUUGGAAGGUCACAUGGAGGAUAUCUUGGACCUCUCUUGGUCAAGAUCGCAGCUGCUGCUUUCUUCUUCAAUGGACAAAACAGUAAGGCUAUGGGAUAUCGAAACCAAGAACUGUUUGAAGCUAUUUUCUCACACCGAUUUUGUGACUUGUAUACAGUUUAAUCCGGCUGACGACGACUACUUCAUAAGUGGUUCACUAGACGCUAAGGUUCGAAUCUGGAACAUACCAGAACGGCAAGUCGUCGACUGGAUCGAUCUUCACGAGAUGGUAACAGCYAUCGGCUAUUCUAAUGAUGGCAAGGUUUCGGUUGUUGGUUCGCACAAAGGGAUCUGUCGAUUUUACAAUACUGUUGAUUACAAGCUUGAUUUUAAGGAACAAAUCGAGUUGAAAACAAAGAAAAAGCCACAGCCUAAAAAGAUAACCGGUUUUCAGUUUUCUGCGUGGAACCCAUCCGAACUACUUGUGACAUCUGCAGAUUCCCGUGUUAGGAUUUUAGACGGAACAAAAAUCGUCCAAAAAUUCAAAGGUUACAAAAACAAUAACAGCCAAUUUUCAGCUGAUUAUAGUCCAGAUGGGAAGUACGUAAUCAGCGCUAGCGAAGAUUCGCAAGUAUACGUUUGGAGGCAUGAAGGAAGUCGAGGGAAAAACAAACAUACGAUCAUCAAAACCUACGAACACUUCCCUUGUAAAGAAGUGUCCGUUACAGCACCAUGGCCCGGCAGCAGCAGGAUCGACCCACCAGUCGUCGCAAUGCAUUCCAAACGACACUCCAAAAGGUCCACCACCACCCUGCCGCCUACCGCCACCGCUGCUGGCAGCAUUUCUCCCCUACACGAUGAUACCGGCCAUGGUAAGAGAGCAGCAUCGCUGCCACCUCUUCCUAAAAGGAGUGGUGAGAGCAUUAAYGAGGACUUGGAUCAUCAUUCCAGUACUGACUCGAGCGUUGGCCCUAGCGAGUCGUUCAACUCUGCCGCCAGUUCUCCGGGAAGGUUCGACGAUGUAACGGGAUCUUCACCUAACCAUCCAUCACCCUCGAGGCAUGAAGGUGGUGGCGGCCAUGGCCACAAGACCAUCCAAGCAACGGCAUGGGGUUUAGUGAUUGUGACAGGAGGGUUGGGUGGUGAGAUUAGGGUUUAUCAAAAUGUGGGUYUGCCAUUUAAGGUUGGUCGUUUGUAA